CUUUUGAAGUUGCAAAAACAUGGCGGCGACCAUGGCAAGUGAAAGUUCGAUGGAAGAAGAUUCGACUGUGUACGUGUUCGACCGUCGCAAGGGCUCAGAACCAGAACGAAAAAUCACCCUUGGAGGAGUCUUCAGCUUUGCUGAUUUUAAAGACUUAAUAAAGAAAGAAUUUGGUAUCCCAGAUAAUGGCAAGUUUGUCAUUGCUACCACCAACAGAGAAGAGAUCAAUACAGAUGAAGCUUAUGAAGAGCUGGUGGAGGAUGGAGACACUCUGUAUCUUCUUGUGCAUCUUAAACAGGCCUUGCUUGCCCCAACUCAAGAGAGGGUGGAGUACCAGCCUCACUUUGACACCCUUAUUAGGAGUGGAAUGUAUGAGUACUAUGCCAGUGAAGGACAGAAUCCAUUACCUUUUGCAAUAGCUGAACUGAUAGACAACUCUCUUGCAGCCACGAUGAAUAAUGAUGGACCCAGGUGCAUAGAAAUCAGAUUGUACCUGGAUGAAACGGGGGAUAAGAGCAUGGUCUGUGUCAUUGACAAUGGUAAGGGCAUGACAACCAGAGAACUCAACAACUGGGCCAUCUAUCGUCUCUCAAAAUUCAACCGAAAGAGGAGAAGACAUAGACAUCAAGAGAAUAACGGUGACGAAGACAGAGAGAUUCCAAAAUCUCUAAACAGUGACAUCUCAUACUUUGGAGUUGGAGGAAAGCAAGCAGUGUUUUUCAUUGGUGAUUCAACUAGGAUGAUCAGCAAACCUAAGGAUUCAAAGGAUGUUCAUGAGAUGACCGUAUCAAAAGACGAGUUUGAGAGGAGAGAGAAAUGCAAAGAAGACAUCUACAAGGGCAUCAUCCAUAACAGACAGCCUGGUGAGGGUAGUCAUGUGCCUCCUGAGGAUGAGAUCUUACACAGUCUGAUCAAGGAAGAGGAAGGCAAGGAGAACUUCACCCAUGUCGUUAUCACUAGUGUCAAAUCACAGCACAUCAAGUUCCUCAAGGAAGACUUCACUAGGUGGAGCAGGCAGCUAGCACACAUCUAUCACUACUACAUCCACGGACCAUCAGGCAAUCAGUCCCACCUGUCCAACUCCAUGUUUCGUACACCGAGCCCUUACAAGAACAUUGACAUUAGCAUCACCAUGUACAAGAAGGGCCAUACACCACGCCAGCUCAAUCUCAGAGACAUUGAAGAUGAUCAUCAGUCUAACUUCAUCAGGUCAUCCAAGGACACAUUUGAAUUCCGUGUAUUGGUUGAAGGAACUGGUCUGGUAGAGGGCGUGCUUCGUUAUCAUCCAUUUCUCUUUGACAGAGAGUCCUAUCCUGUGGACUAUGGUUUAGCUGUUCAGGAAGUUGACGACGAGAGUGAUUUCAACAGAGAUCGACCUGCGAGGGGUAGCAAAGCCAUCUUUGAGUGCUACUGGAAUGGAAGACUCAUUCCAUAUACACUUGUCCAAGACUUUGACUGGUGCAGCGUGCCAAAGAGGCGACUCAGCAUUCCUGUCGAGUGCUACAACAGGGUGUCUGGCGCCCUCUUUGCCAACAACAAAUUUGAGGUCAGCACAAACAAGCUGACCUUCAUUGACCUUGAGCUGAAGCUAAAAGAUAAGAGUGCUGUCUUUCAGAGAGUGGUAGGGGGUCAGCCCCAGAGAGUCAAGAUCGACAAACAGUUCACAGAGUGGCUGCAUGAGUGUCAUGAGAAUCUUGACAAACAGGUCUGUUUCAAAGACUAUGUGGGUAACAUCAUUAGGCAUGAACUACCCAAGAAACAGCAAGGACCUUGGGCUGUCUUUGAGACUGUGGAGUGGGACGGAAAGACAUAUUCCACAGGACAACAGGUACGAGUCUUGAGGACAAGUCCAAUUCUGCAUGGAUCGAUACAGCGCUUCAUGUUGUUUGGGGACUUUGAGAACGAGAUCCAGAAUGGGACAUUGUUUGCAACAGGAGGAGAAUUUGAAAUUGUACAGGAACCAAGGCUAUUGUACAAUGAAACCAAGAUUUACCCCCUAAGUAAACUGGACAGGACAGCGGAUGAGAGGCAGAUUAAGAAACACAUUGAUGAUGAAGAAGGAAAACUUCCAGGAGUUCUUGUCAUCUUCUGGCCUGAAGCGAAUGAGGUCCAUGCAGGAGAAAAACGACCAGCUGGGAAACUAAUAGGUGCAAUCAAAGCUGAGAUCCAUAAUAGGAAAGGUCAAUCCAUGUCGAGGCUUCCUGGAGCUCAGCAUAACUCUAAGAAACUCAUGGUGGAAAUGAAGAUCAUCUGGCAUUCCAACAGUGGUGACAAGGUGAUAGUAACCCACAUGAGUCAACAUCACAAGACAUGGGCAUUCUGGUUCAGGCAGAUGGACAUUGUAAGGAACCUUGGCCCCCAUACCCUGAUACUGCAGGCAGUCCUUGGGGAGGAAGGAGCCACUGACUUUGGAGGGCACCCACUACCAAGUCACAAGAUCAAGUUCACAAGUACAGAGGGUCCACCAAGCAAGUUCAGCAUUGAUAUCCUGGAUCCACCGUUCAGGGUAGAUGUCCCUUUCAACAUUCCUCUUCAGCUACAAGAUGAGUUCAACUAUCCAACCAAGCCAACGAACAACCUCAAACCAAUCCUUGAAGCAAGUGGCCUUGCUAUGAGCUAUGAGAAAACUGAAAUCAAGGGUAUGUCUUUGAUAGUGAAAGGAGUGAAGGCAUCGGGGGAUGUAGGAUCAGCCCAAGGAAAGAACUUCAAUCUAACCUUGAAGAUACCAGGACUGGAGAUCCCAACACAACAACUAAAGAUCAGAAUCUUGCCGGGUGAGCCACACAAGAUCAUUGUGCCAACAUUUGAAGAAACAGAUAAGCUUUGCAUAGAGAAUGGCAAAGUGCUUCCUAUAUCAGUAGAAAUCAGAGACGGAGCUGGUAACUUCUCGAUGCAUCCAAAACUCUUAGUACAGUGCAAGUUUCUUGGUGCUGUUGGAUUGCCUACAUACACAGCAGACUGCAGUAACUCAGGGAAGGCAACCCUUACCGGCAAUCCCAUCUUCAUCAAAAACAUCUCCAAGAAAUCACAGAAGAUCAACGCUAGAAUUGAAUUACCGCAUAUGAAAGGAGUCAGCAGUGUGGAGAAGGCUAUCGUGGUCACACCAAGCACCAGUGCGUGUAAGAUCAACGUGUUCUUCUGUCAACAUCAACACAUAAACGACCAAAAAAAGAAACCUGUCAAGAUGAAACCACAGGAAGAAAUUGAGUGGACGGCCGGAGAGAGUACAUCACAUAUUAGUUUUGCUCUGUUUGAUGAGGGUGACCACCACAUGAGGAUCACCAAGGAGUUAGCCAACAAGUUUAAAUUCAACUGGCUACCUUCUUUCGACCCCUCAAUCCUCAUGGAAGGGUACCUACCCCCGAUCAAGGUUCCUAAUACGGUAGGAGAUAAGACGUUCUGUCAGCUGAGACUCACCGAUGGAUCAGGCCUAGAGUUCUCCUUCUAUGUCAAACCACUCCCUGGUGAGGCAACGCAGAUUAAAUGUCAGAGCAAGGGAAGCAAGAAAGUGAAGCUAGGAGAGACCUUGGAUGGUGAGAUCGUCAUCCAUGUCACCGAUGCAUAUGGGAAUAGCAUGAAGAAGCUACCACAUGGAUCCUUGAGCAACCUGAGUGUGACGGCAGACGAUCUGGACACCAAGAUCCUGCAGAAGGCACUUCUUCCCAAUGUGGGAUUUGUCCUUCGGAAUGUCAAGUUUGAUGGGUCAGCGGUAGGGGUUAGGGAAGUCAUGGUGAAGUACAACGACUUUUCUGACCAUAUUAGGUUAGAAGUGCUUCCAGGGAAACCUGCCAAGCUACUUGUGAUCGGCUGGAUGCCAGAGGAGACACUGAUAGCAUAUGAUGGUGCUCAGAUCAACAAUCCAUUGGGCUUUCAAGUUUGUGAUGAAGCUGGUAAUCAUAUCUCUAAUGUCAAUUCAACUAUCUCUCUGCAAUAUGACAAGGCAUUGAAGGUAUCGUCUACUUCAUCAUUGACAGCAAGGCCAUUUGCUGAUGGUCAGGUUAGCUUUGGCAAGCUUACCUUAUCUGGUCCCUGUGGGAAGUAUACGCUUCAUGCGAAGAUGAACCUUGGAAGGUCUCCCCUCACGAGUUCUGGUCUCACGGUUCAACUCAAGCCAGAUCCAAAGAAGGCUCACAGGCUUCAGGUAGACUACAGGAAGGAAAGAGUCUACAUUGCUGGGAAUCGUUUCCCAGAUUUUGAUAUCUCUGUAAUUGCUGCUGAUGAGAGUACAAUGACCAACAUUGCUCACAAGAAGAUAUCAAUGAGGAUGUGGAAGUCAGCUACAAAGGAUCCACACACUGGUCCGCCACCAUCGAGGGCGCUAAUAACAGAAAUUGACAAACCCAGCAAUGAAGACAGGGAAGGUCAUUUUUACUGUAGGAGGAGAAAACUUCCAGUAGAGGCCAGCAUGCACUGGAUAAUAUUCCAAGCUUCAUUGGAUCAAGCUAUUUUCUACUCAGAACCAAUUGGGUUUGACAUCCAGCCUGGUCCUCCUAUCAAACUGAUCCCAGAGAUAGCCCCACCUACACCCACUGUCUCUAAUACACCACGCUCACACAGUAGAACUCUCAUCAAAGCUCUUAGACUACAGCUCGUGGAUGAUUUUGGAAAUUUGACCGGCAAAGACUUGGCGGGUAACAUUGAAGUCCACAUGAAGGGCAGCAAUGGAGCAGAGCUGCCCAAACUCCAAGGCAAUAAUAGUAUGAUGCAGUUUCCAUUGAAUAAAGGCAUUAGCUUCAUACAGAACAUCUCUAUCCAAGAGAAUACACCAGGCCAUGAUGGGAGUGAGUAUAAAUUACACUUCUCACUGAAGAGCAAUGGACCUGAAGUCAAGCCGUUCAUUCAACCAUUCCUCUUCUAUAACGAUGCUAAGAAACAGCAGAGGAUGUCACAGCUGUCGAAGGAGAGAGACACACUCAAGGCUUCUAUCAAGACAUACAAGGAAUUGUUUGAUGGGAAAAAACAGCUUCUGCAGAUGUUCAAAGAAUCUGCUGAGGAUGCUGCAAGGCACGAGGUCCAGUUACGUGGAGAAAUGAAGCAUUAUGGGGUCAGAGUCGCCCAGAUAGCAACGAGGAAAGGAGCAGAAGAAUAUAUGACAUCUACUCAAGAAAAGAUGGUUCAGUUGAGGAGUAAACCAAGGAGGCAGUGUGGGAUGCAACGGUAUGAGACACGCGAUGGCGAAAUACUCGGAAAGGUAGCACACUUGGCUGAAGUAGAGGAAGAGAAUGAUGCCUAUGUCUUAUCAUGGCACAUGGCAUCGGAUUUAGACUGUGUCCUCACCACCACAGUUGCUAAAGCUAAAGAGGUGUUUGCAAACACCAGAGGGCGCCAGCAGGUUCUUCCCAUCGAGUCCAUCUACAAAAAGGGCCUCACAGAGUGGGAUAAGCCUCUUCCUCACAAGAGAGUUCCUAUGAAGCAUGGUCAUACUCCACCAGGCAACCCGGUCUAUGCAAGACAUCUACUAAGGUUCACAGGACAUGAAGCAAACUGUAAAAUAGCCUUCAGUCUCUUGCUACAGGAUACCAUACUCUUAGAUACCCUAGAUGAUGCGACAGCAUACAGGCAAUCGAUCGUUAAGUACAUCCACUGCCCAACGCUGCUCACCCGUGAUGGUAAUCGUAUCCGUGGUAACGGAAAGUUCGGAGGACUUCAGAACCGAUGUCCAUCAGACCUAAGGGGAUGCGUCUUUGGAGAACCUCCUCCCAAGGAGCUGGAAUCUCUCGAGAAGCAGAUGGUAAUCCUGGAAAAGAUCAUACAUGCCAUAAAGAGCCGUGAGCAAGCUCAGGUUGAAUACAAGGUGCAGGAGGCGGCCCUAAGAUCAGCGGAUAUGGUUGCCAAGCAACGGGAUUGCCAGGAAGCCGAAGAACAGCUUGCUCUUGUCAAUCAAAAAAUCAAAAUGGCUGAAAGUUCUACUACAGAUCGUUCCCCAAUUCCUUUGUCUACCACAUCUUCCAACUCAAGAGGGCAGGCUACAGCAAGAGGGACAACGAGAAGACCGGCGCCCUCUGUACCGGAAAGUCCUCGAACCAAACGGAGAAAACCCUAAUGGUACUACCCGCCUUCCACUGUGAUGUGUGUGCUGCAUUGUCUCCCCCCCUUCAUCUCCAUUCCACACUGCCAACCAAGGUUUGUAUGUAAAUAGACUAUUUUAAUGUUGUUUUUGUCUUCUGUGCUCUUGUUUGCAUGGGAAAAAGUUUUGCUAAUGAAUAGAACAAGGAGGUCAAAUUGUAUAUUCUUAUUUUGUAUAUUUUAUCAACUAUAGUAAACUUUGAAUAGACGAAUAUGUUGAAUGUUUUGGCAAUUAAUGCUUUUAGAAACCAGUCGACAAGUAUGUCUAUAUACACACAGUGACAUCCAGCUGUGUAAAGUCAUAGGGUGAUUUGGAUCCUCAUUGCUAUUUCAUGGAAUAUAUUCCAUGAACAAGAAGAUGAGUGAACACCUACUUCAUGAAAAAUACUACUGACUUGAUUUGGGUCAAUAUCUGUGAGGUAACCGCAUAAUUGAAUAUCUUUCUGGAUCUUGACCAGAGCCUAUGCAGGGCUGGUAAAGAGUAUGUCCGCCACAUUCAAACUUCUUCUGUCACUACAUUUGUUUUUUAUUUCAAGCUUUUUGUGGACUUAAUUCAUUUAUACUUCUGCUGAACAGCCUGUUCUACUUUGAUCUCCAGGGAAGUCUGUGGUUCCUUCUCAAUUUUUGUACAUGAACCACAGAUACUUCUGCAUUAAGGUUUCAAAUUAGAAACAUGACCAUUGCUUUUAAAGAAACCUCUCACAUGUGUUUUUUUUUUUCAUUUACUAGUAAUCUACAUGAUAUAUGAUCUCUGCUUAAGUGUACCACAUUUUUUUGUUUUAAAAAAGAAAAAAAUUAUGCCAUUCUUACCUCAUUCCUUUCCCUGUUCUAUAUACAUAUGAUAAUAAGCGCCAUUGUUUUGUCUAUUUGUCUUCUGUCUCUAUCUAUCUAUCUAUCUAUCUGUCUGUCUGUCUGUCUGUCUGUCUGUCUGUCUGUCUCAGUCUCUUUCAGUCUGUCUGUCUGUCUCAGUCUCUUUCUGUCUGUCUGUCUCAGUCUCUUUAUCCAUUUUUUAGACUCUUUGUCUCCCUCUCUCUCUAUCCUUUUCUCUGUGAUCCACCUUCUGUGUAUAGCUGCACAUGAUGAUGUUAAUGUGUGUGCAUAUAAAUCUCAUUUCUUAUGUACUCUAAUGCUUGCAUGGUUUCAUAUUUUAAAAUAUAAUUGGCAUGAACGUAGGACGAGACGGAAUUGACAGUGCCUUAUCUGUGUAAAUAUGACAGUAAAAGAUUUUUAUUGGAAUAACCAGCAACAUGACAAGGAUGUUAACAAUGAGAGAGAGAGAGCAAGAGAAAAGAGUCAUGAACUUAUUGUCAGUCUUAUCAUCCUGUGCGUAGAUGUUAUAAUGUGGAAAAAGGAACCAUAUAUGCUUAUAUGCAUGCUUGAUCUGUAAUGAAAUCAUAAGUCAGAAUUUUUUUCUUCUGAUUUAUGAUUUCAUUACAGAUCGAGCAUGCGAUUGUAAACACAUAGGAGUAAUGCUGGAAAAUUUGUUUACAAAUUAUAAUUUCUCCUAUUAAAUCCUCUUUAUUUACUACAUAUAUGUUGUUAUUAUUUGCACUUUUGACUUUUGUUUGCUACAUACAGUCACAUUUUUUUUUAGAUGAUAGGGAGAAUAGUGUUUGUCAGUUUUAUUUAAUUUUGUUGUAUAUUAAAAAAAAAGUGUAUUAAUGUGAAGUACAAUUGUGAUUUCUUGGUAGGGUAAAUUCCCUUCGAUAUGGAAUAAUUUUCUUUAUGAAAUUAACUUGUAAAAUAAAAUGUAGUAAGUCAAUGACAUUACUUUAUUUACGUGUAGAGUAAAUUUAAAAUGCACAUCCAUCAUUUUCUCUUUGUAUUCACUAGAAUGUUUGAUGAUAUUACUGAAAGCUGUUAACAUCUGAUGAUUCAAUGAUUCUUGUAACUGUAUUAAUUUCUCUUCCAUAACAGAUUAAUGCAAAUACAUAACAGAGCCAGUACACAGCAAUUAUACAUUCUUUCAAGCACCAAUGCCUGAAUGAAUUAUAUGAAUAAAUAUAAAUCUAUGUAAAUACAAUCUCAAUGUUAUUAAUUACUAAGUUGAUGAAAAGUGUUAAAGUAUACUAGUUUGAGAAGUCUUUGUUGAAUACUUUUUCUGACAAGGAUCACAUUAUGAUGUUAUCAGUUGUUCAUCUAUUCUAACCUGAAGAAGAUAAAUUUUGUCAUAAGGAUAAUGGUACAGUUUUAAGUGUAUGCAACAUUGCUAUUUUUUAAUUACAUUGGCCAGUAAAAGAACCAAAUCAGUAUUUGUUUUAUUUUUAGUUUUGCUAAGCGCCAUGGGGUACCAGAUACCCAUUAACACUGGAUGCCCAUGUGCCUUUAAAGUAGAUGCUGUGUUUAUAUCUCACUUAUUAUGCCUUGAUGUAUUUGUUGAAACAAUAUUCUCUGUCAACUGCUGUGUUUUUUAGUUACAUUUCCCACUAGUCUGCAUGACUAGGAUGUAAUGAUCAAUAACUAUCAUCUUUGAGAUUCGAUCAAUUUCUGUGUUGCUAUCUUUCCAUAAUUACAUGUUAUGACUAUCAUAGAGAUUUAGAUUUCAUGAAGUCGGAUGUUGCUGAUACUUGGUACCAGGUACUAUACCAUAACGUUGAUUAAUGUAAUAAAAAAGAUGAAUUAUUCAAGUGAUAAAGAAUAAGAAUAUAUCCACUGGAUAAAAAAUGAAAUAAAGGUACAGUAUUCUGAAGUUUUUGUUGCUUCAAGGAGCAAACCAGACUAUGUGCAAAUUGUCUGAUGAUAUCACAUGAUCACUCUGUCACAUGAAGUAUGGAGUAUGCAUUUUUUUCUGCUCCGAAAAUGUAAAAUACAGUUGAUAAAAUUUAUAGCUCAUGAUGGAGCCCCUGUCAUUAAAUAGCUAAAGGCCACCGCACACCUUACAACUGUUCGCGAUUUGUUUUUAGAACAAAUCGCACUUUGAUGAAUGGAACAUAUCAUUUCAUUUGAGGUUAAAAUUAAUUGAAAGAAUAUUAAUAUAACCAUUUUGAAAGAUUGCAAACCUUUAUUUUGGAGUAAAGCCAAAUUAAUUUUAAAUCGUAGCCAAUCGUACGACUGCUAUCACGUCAUUACGUCUAGAUAUUAAAUUAGCUUUUAUUCUAAGAAGGAUAGCAUAGUCACAGAUUGGAACAUAGGUAUUCGUACGAUGAUUUCGAACAUUACACAGUAAGAUAUUCCAAGUCUCAAUAUUAGCUUCAAAUUCUACAUUUUAUUCUGAAAUCAGGUCGCCUUAAGAUUGUCAGUACUGUAACUUAUUGUGACACAAAGGAGAGAUUGUUCAUGCACACCUUUUUUUUUUGUAAGAGGAAAUAUUCAGAUUUUCUGUAAUAAAUCUUAAAAGAAAUGAAAUCUCUUUUGAUGUAAGAAUUCACUUACUCACAUGCAACCUUUUUGUCACCAUUAAACUUAGUAUUGCAAACUUUAUUGUAUUGUAAAGAUUUCAAGUAUUAUUGUUAAGAUUUAUCCUUACUCUCAUCAAAUUGAUUACCGGAAAAUUAAAAUGUAAGGCUUGCAGAUCAAUUUUAUUUCCUUAGAAUCAGUCAA